AUGCGCCACAACUCACGUGACCAACCUCUGCUUCACAACAGGGAUGUACUCUAUAAACUGGGUUGUAUGACUUUACUCGAGAAGAAAAUCGAUUUCAUUAACCGUGUUUGGAUCUGUUUUACAAAAUGACAGUUUGUGUGUUUUUUGGCUGUACGUUCAUCGCAUUCGGUCCUGCGAUUUCAUUAUUCAUAUUUACUGUGGCCAGAGAUCCCUUGAGGGUUAUUUUUCUUAUUGCUGGGGCCUUUUUCUGGUUGGUCUCCUUGCUGCUCUCCUCUUUGGUGUGGUUCAUCGCAGUACAAAUCAGCAAUAAAGAAAAUGCCUCUCUCCAAAAGGGUCUUCUUAUAUUUGGAGUCGUGUUGUCAGUGUUCUUGCAGGAAGCCUUCCGUUUUGGCUAUUACAAACUGCUGAAGAAGGCUAACGAAGGCCUAAUGGCUUUGAACCAAGAUGACACAAUGCCAAUUUCAAUUCGGCAACUUGCAUAUGUCUCUGGCUUGGGUUUCGGUUUUAUGAGUGGAGCAUUUUCAGUUGUCAACAUCUUAGCAGAUUCUCUUGGCCCCGGCACAGUGGGAAUUUAUGGCGAUCCUCCACAUUACUUUGUAUCUUCAGCCUUCAUGACAAUGGCCAUAAUAUUACUCCACAUGUUCUGGGGAGUUGUAUUUUUUGAUGCCUGUGAAAAGAAGCAGUGGUUGUCACUGGCUGUGGUGGUUUGCACGCACCUUCUUGUGUCCUGUUUGACUUUCCUGAAUCCACAAUACGAAGGCAGCCUCAUCCCAGCCUACGUCAUUGCGUUUGUGAUGGGAGCCUGGGCAUUCUUCAUUUCGGGGGGAUCACUUCGCAAUUUACGGCUCUGCUUGACAUGCAAAGAUAAAGACUUCUUACUGGCAAAUCACCGCCCGAGAUAACAAUUUGAGAAAAUGGCAUUCAAAAUAAACCAACAGGAACUGGUUACGCUGCAGUGACAGCCAUUUUACUUGCAUAACAGGUUAUUUUUUCUCACCUGUUGCUGCUUUGCUUUUUGUGGCAAUAUUCAAAAAUAUUUCAUUUUUCUUCAGCUACAUGUGGGAGCAACAUCUAAAAAAAGAAAACGAGCCAUUUUUAACAAAGCCUAAAUGAAUGAGCAAGCAAGUAGUACCAGCCAUAGGACGGAAUCGACUAGACCUCUCCUUUCUGGUGGAUAAACAACAUUCCUUUA